AUGCAAAAUUUGAAUAAGUCUUUGGUUACUACAUUAGUAUAUGCUAAAUGUAAUGAAGUUGAAAGACUGCAUCUAUGGGAUGACAUUUAUCAAGUGGCUUAUUCAAUUAAUCUUCCGUGGUUAGUUGGAGGAGAUUUCAAUGUAGUGUUGCAUGAAGAAGAGAAGAUUGGAGGAAUUCCCAUUCAGUCUCAAGAUUAUGAAGAUUUUGCAUCCUGUGUAAAUUCUUGUGAAUUAAUGGAAACUAAUUUCAAAGGCAGCCAUUUUACUUGGUGGAAUGGUAGAGGAGGUUCAGACUACAUAUUUGAGAGAUUGGAUAGAUUUUUCAUUAGUCAGCAUUCCCAGCAGUGGUUUGCACAUGUCGAAGUGGAACAUCUCUCAAGAACAGGCUCAGAUCAUGCUCCUUUACUCAUAUCUUUGGGAGAACAAAGCCAAAAAUUUAUCAGACCAUUUAGAUUUCUGAAGUUUUGUACUGAACAUCAAGAUUUCUUGAAUAUACUGAUUAUUAGAGACGAAAUUGUAAGGAUCAAAGGAGAUUUAUUUGAAGAUGAUCCUUCACCUUUGAAUAUAAUUGUGCUUCAACAAGCCCAGGUUGAACUCAAGAAAUACUUGCAGUUUGAGGAGGAAUUCUGGAGGCAGAAGGCUAAUGUUACUUGGUUUGCUGAAGGAGAUAGAAACACUUGA